AUGUCGACACAGAAGUUAGGAAUCAAGGUACCUCCAUUUGACAAGAAUGACUACAAUAACUGGAAAAUGAAAAUGUUGCUGUACGUCAGAGCUGCUAAUCCCCUGUACAUUGGGAUUCUAGAGAAUGGUCCUUUUGUGCCAAUGAAGAUUAUUCCUGAAUCUGUUAAAAAUGGUGUUCGCAUUCUACAAAAGUCUGUUCCAAAAGAGAAAAGCGAAUACACUGAGACUGACAAGGAGUAUAUUGCACAUGACCAUAAUCUGCAACUCAUAAUUAUGUGGGAUGCUAUCGAGGCAUUGAUGGAGGGAUCUGAAGAAGUCAGGGAGAACAUAUACGAUAUGUUAAUUGCUAGAUAUGAAGCAUUCAAGGCAAUACCUGGAGGGAACUUUUCUCAAAUCUACGAGAGGUUCAUGUUGUUGUUAAAUGAACUUACCCUGCAUGGAAAGACUUAUACACAGAAAGAGAUUAACAGAAAGUUGUCAAUUGUGAUGCCACCUCAUCUGGUUGUGAAGACUGAGACCAUCCGGGAAAGAAGCGACUUCAGAACCAUGACUCUGGAAAGACUGUUUGGAAAACCGAAGACGUUUGAGAUGGAACUCGAACAAAGAGAGAUUAUAUAUGGCAGUGGAUCAUCUGAAGCCAAAGGUAUGGCUUUACAAAAGACUGCUGCACUUAUUGCUGAUGAACCGUACUUUGGUUAUCAGCAACUGGUUGAAUAUGGCAUUAAUGAUCACACUGUUGCACAGAGUGCUUGUUCAUCUGUCAAAACUGAUUAUCCUACUACCAAGUCUGAAAUUGUAGAAGUUGAGAUUGAUGAAGUUUCUGUGGAUCCGGAGGAUGAGUUUUAUACUCGGGAAGAGCUGGAGCAGCUGGAGGAUAAGUCUAUGGCUUAUAUGGCUGCAAGGUUCAAGCACAUCAAGUUCAGUAGGAACCCCCGAUACAAGAAAGCUUCAGGGAACAAGUUUCAGAACAAAGAAGGAUACUCAGGGUCAGGGUCUAGAAGCACUGGCAAUUACAAAACAAAUUUAUACGACAAGAGCAAAGUAUCUCCUGAAAUUUCUGUUGAUGACAUGACUACUGCUGAUUAUAAAAAGACUAUAAAUGAACUAGGUCAAGAGAUGUAUAACUUGCACACUAGUUUGUUAGCUUUAGAAUCAGAUAAAUGUAGUCUCUCUCUAAAGAUAGCUAAACUUGAAGAACGAAUAGACGAGUUAGCUUUAGAGAAACUCAUGAACACUAACCUUAAAGAAAGAAUUGAAAGAAUAAGGAAAAGUAAAGAGAUCUUGGAUAGUCAAAGGGUCGAUAAGAAGGUUGCUAUUGGUCUCGACUAUAGUUCCUUGGAAAGUUCUAAAAAAAAGAAAAGAAAAGAAAAUGAAGGUGUAUUUGUUUCUGCUGGAACUGAGAAUGCUCCUGAAGGAACAAAUAUACCUAAGAUUCUAAAAAACACCAAGACCCCUAUCUUUAGAAAGGCACAAACAGAACAUCUGAUAGAAGAAGACCUUGUCAUUAAGGAAGAGUUGAAAAAUGAGGAAGUUGUUAAGCCUCAAGUAAAACAAGAAACACAAGACGUACCUUCGAAUCCCCAAGUUAGAGAAGAUUCUGAUAAAAAACCGGAUUAG